AUGACUGUCUCGCCAACCAAGAUUUUGUUGAAAAAUGGUGUGCUUCUUAUCCAUGGAGAGGAUGGCAGAGUGAACCCUCAGCGGUCGGAUAUUCUCAUCGAGGGAGACACGAUUUCACAAAUCGGCCCAAACGUCAGGACAGCCGGCGAGGAUGUCAAAGUGUUUGACUGCGAGGGCAAGAUCGUAUCUCCAGGCUUUAUAAGCACACAUCAUCACGUAUGGCAAACCGCGCUGAAGGGUCGCCAUGUCGACCACACUCUACUUAAGUACUUGCCGCGAGGAAACUUCAUUGGGUCAUUGUUCACUACCGAAGACGCAUUUUGGGGUGAACUUGGCGGCGCACUUGAAGCUACUGAUGGCGGGACCACGACCAUUGUGGACCACUCCAAUCUCAAUGUUGGCCCAGAAUUCCCCCCUACGUUGAUUCAGGCGCUUGUAGCCUCCGGGCUUCGUUCUGUCUACUGCUACUGCGUUCCCAGAACGACCAGCUGGAGCCCGUUCUCUACAGCAGAUGAUUAUACGUCUUCACAUGUUCUCGAAGAAUGGAAAUCGCUGGCGACAAAGGGCCCUUAUGGAGACGGGCGAGUCCAGAUUGGUUUCGCGGUAGAUAACCUGUAUCAGUCGCCCGACCAAAUGAAGUUCCUCUACUCGGAGCUUCGCGCUGCAAGGGCUAAGGUCAUAACAUCGCACGGUACCAGCGGCUUACCCUUCGGCGAUGGUCCUUCUGUCGUUCAGAUCCUGAACAACCACAACCUGCUAGGCUCAGAUAUACUCAUCUCUCACGCCAAUUUCCCAAAGGAUGGCGACGCAGAGCUUGUCAAGAAGCACAAUGUCUACAUCUCUGCUACUCCCAACACAGAGCUUCAGAUGGGAUGGCCGCCAGUCGCCCUUCAACCUAAGUUUGAAGCAAACUCCAGCCUCGGGGUUGACUGCCACAGCUGUGGCAGCAGCUUUAUGCCCAGUCAAAUGCGACUCGGCCUGCAGUAUGCCCGACUCGAACGACAAGAGAAUCUUCGGAGACAGGGCAAGUGGAGCCAGCAUGUCGGUCCGUCAGCUGAGCAAGCCUUCAAUCUCGCCACAAUUGGCGGCGCAAAGGCUAUUGGCAUGGAGGGUGAGGUUGGCCAGAUCCGCGUUGGAGCAAAGGCAGAUCUAGUGGUCUUCAGCACUGAUAGCCCCUCCAUGCUUCCUGCUGCUGAAGAAGACCCCAUUGCAGCGGUGGUUCUGCAUUCGAGUGAGAGAGAUGUGGAAACUGUCAUUGUUGGAGGCGUCAUUCGGGAGGAGAAUGGAAAGUUGCUACCUGUGUCAUUUACCGGUCAAGUGGAGGGGGCGAGUGACCUCGGUCUUCAUGGGAAAAGUAUUACAUGGAAGGAUGUUGCGAAGAAUUUGAUUCAGAGCCGGAGCAGAUUAAACAGCAAGGCAGAAGGCAUCAACAUGACGGCGGUGGAAGAGACGAUUAUGGACAAUUUCUACAUGAACCGGAAGGAUAUGCUUGAGCAAUUUUCGUUCAUCCAGAAUGAAGCACGGAAUAUCUACUCCGUCUUAGAGGAAGAGGUCGACUUCCGGAUAUUCGGCUCCCAGCUCAGACAUGACUUGAUGGAGCAGUACAUCGUGACGGAGUUAGUUGCCACCACACGGAGUUAUCACUCAAGAUGCGGGGGAGCUGUCAGCCAACCCCACUUCGGCCGAUCUCCGCCGCAUCUAAGAGCGCCCGUGUCUAUGCCGGUUGCCUUUGAUGCCGAGUUAUCAACGACCUCGCAUGAUGCCCUCGCGGAGACUAAAUGGCGUGAUUAUAACUACCGCACCCGCCGCCAGUCUGAAGCAGAAACCUCCUCAUCUUUAAUCUUCCAGCAUCAACCUAAAUCAACGAAAUCCCACCCAACUACCUCCAACAUGCCAGAGUCAAAGGUCAUUCCGGCCUCGGCCACGCCAGUAGCAAAGCCAACGGCUACUUUCACCGGCGAUGUCUACAUGGAACUCAUCAACCGCGACGAAACCUCCGUCAUCGCAAACGUUACCUUUACCCCAUGCGCUCGGACGCAUUGGCACACCCACGUCGGAGGACAGAUGAUUAGAGUGCUGGCCGGUAGCGGAUGGGUCUGCGACAAGGGCGGCGAGGCGAAGCGAAUCAACGCUGGAGACACUGUUUGGGCUCCUCCGGGCACGACUCACUGGCACGGCGCCGAUGAUGGAAGCAUUAUGACGCACUUUGUUGUUGGCAUUGGAGAAACAAAGUGGCAUGAGGCUGUCACCGAAGAGGAUUACAAGAAGCGGUCCGAAUGA